AUGGAGGCACAUCUCUUCGACAACUCCGUGACUGAAACAUGGCGCAAGCACACAUGCUUAGAUCUUCAACAUGCACUGGAUGAAGUUGGAACGCGGGUAACCACCGACGUCCAAGAUCAACGUAAAUUUGAUUAUGCUUUACUUCCGACGGAAUUACCCGUCUCUAUCCGAGAAAAAGUCACGAAGAUUCUGCACGAGGGAAAAGGCAAGGAGUUGGCGCUUAAAACAGCUGUUAUCACAAAAGCUCCUUGGCAGCACCUAUUGGAGCAUCAUGUAGCUCGAUUGAUGCAGCAAAUGCGCUCACAACCAGAACAAUUUCGAAUCUUGCUUCUGGUUGCUGCAUCUGUACCACGUAGCGAUGUUGUCGAUAGCGAUAGUUUGACUCAAACGUGCGUGGAUGCCCAUAAAGCUUAUCGCCGAAUUCGUCGAGCAGCAAUGACAUUGGGAGAAGAGACUUUUCAUAUGGUUCAUAAGAUCGUUAGACGUAGCGAGAUUAACGGCGUUCUUCCACAUGCCGCACAUAUGAUUCGCUUGUUAUCUUUAUAUAAACUACAAUUGCGGCAGCAUGUCACUAUACGCGCAGUAGUCGAGUGUAUUCAACAACAAGGCAGGGAAUAUGCAUACGCUAGAUCGGCGACAAGUUAA